AUGGAUGAAGAAAUGUAUGUUGAAUUGAUUAGAAGAAGUGGUGGAUUGGCCCUUUGGUGGAAGAAGGAUGUGACUAUUAACAAUUGGCAUUGCUCAAAGAACAUUAUCCAUACAAGUAUUCAUUCUGUUGUGCAUGAAGUACCUGAGUAUGUGACGUAUGUGUAUGGUGCACCACGGGCAGAAGAGAAGGAGGAGGUUUGGAGGAAGAUGAGAAGUAUUGCAAAUGGGGUGCAGGGUACUUGGCUAUGUAUGGGGGAUUUUAAUGAUCUGGUCUCUGUGUAUGAGAAGGAAGGGAAGUGGCCAGCGGAUAUUAGGAGAAUGAUGAGUUUUCAGAGCAUGUUAUCUGAUUGUGCUCUUUUGGAUUUGAAUUACUCUGGUGCCCGCUUCACGUGGUGCAAUCAAAUACUAGGGGAAGAUCAUGUGAAAGAAAGAAUUGAUAGGGUAGUGGGGAAUGUGGAAUUCAGAGGAAACUUUCAAUCAACUUUGGUGUUGCAUAGACUGGUCAAGGAGGAAGAAAGUGCAAGCCUUGAGGUAGCAGUCACGAAAGAAGAAAUUAAGAAAGCAGCAUUUCAGUUGGGGGGUGCAAAAGCACCAGGUCCAGAUGGUUUCUUUGGAAUGUUUUAUCAUUCUUCUUGGCCAGUUGUAGUUAAUGAGGUGACUGAUAUGGUUCUAGACUUUUUCAACAAUAAGGCUAGUUUGUCUGCUUUAAAUAAAACAAAUGUGGUGCUUAUUCCAAAGGUAGAAAAUGCUGGGUGUGUGGGGCCAUUUGGACCGAUUAGGUUAUGUAAUUUUGCUUAUAAAAUUGUGUCGAAAAUUCUAGCUAAUAGAAUGAGACCUAUACUGGCUCGAAUCAUUUCCCAGAAUCAAAGAGCUUUUGUUAAGGGAAGGUUGAUACAAGAUAAUAUCAUAGUGGCACAUGAAGCUUAUCUCUAUCUGAGAAACAAGAAAAAGGGUAGAAAAUAUGAAAUGGCAGUAAAAGUAGAUAUGAAUAAAGCAUAUGAUAGAUUAGAGUGGAAGUUUAUUAAAGAAGUCAUGAGGAAGAUGGGCUUCAGUGAGAAAUGGCUCAAAUGGAUAAUGGAUUGUGUGAGAUCUAUGAUGGUGAAUCUUGUGGUAGGAGGGAAAAAAAUUGCUGAAAUAGAAAUGAAGAGAGGAAUCCGCCAGGGUGACCCACUCUCCCCUUUACUAUUCAUCAUUGCAGCUGAUGCUUUGUCCUUAAUGGUGCAAUGGCAUGUUGAUAAGGGUUUGUUGAGAGGGAUUAAACUUGCGAAACAAUGCCCUCUCUCUCACUGUUUCUUUGCUGAUGAUUCACUCUUCUUUAUCAAUGCCAAAAGUAGUAACUGCAGAAGGUUAAUGGAAAUUUUUAAGGUGUACUCUGAAGCGUUUGGACAAACAAUCAAUCUGGACAAAUCUUGUAUCUUCUUUUCCAAGAAUACAGUUGAAAGGGUGAAAAAUGAAGUUUUUGAGGUUUUGAGAAUUAAAACUUCUGAUGAUCCUGGUAAAUAUUUGGGUCUGUCGAUACUGUGGGGCAAGUUAAAGGCAAAGGCUUUGAAGUUUGUGAAGAACAAGAUGAGCUCAAAGAUGCAGGGAUGGAAGCAAAGGUUGUUGACCUUUACAAGGAGAGAGAUCAUGGUAAAGACUGCUUGGAGGCUGCGCCAAGGACAGGAUGAGCUAUGGAGCAGGAUACUGAAAGGCCUCUAUUUUAAUGAUAAGGAUUUUAUGCAGGCUAAGAGAGAAAAUAAAGUGUCUUGGUGCUGGUCAAGCAUUCUAGAGAGUAGGGACUUGUUAAAGAAGAAGCUGGUUCGGAAGAUAAAUAAAAGGGAUAGAGUAAGCUUGUUUGAAGGUAGAUGGCUACUUGAUGCUAAUGAAUUUAAAUUGAGGCAAAGGGUGUUAUCUGAUGAGAUGAGUAAUAUGAAGGUGGUAGAUAUUAUUGUGGAUAGACAAUGGUGUUUUGAGAAGGUAGAGCAUUGGCUCUCAGAUGAAGAUAAGAAAUUGAUAGCCAAAGUUCGAAUCCCCUUUAUUGAGGAGGACGACAAAUAUGUGUGGAUGGGAAGCAAAGAUGGAGUGUAUUCUGUUAGAAGAGGAUAUAAAAUGGCUAGAGACUUAGCAAUGGACUCCAAUGAGGAUGUCCCGAGCUGCUCUUACAGAGUGAAUAAUAAGUUGUGGAACAGUCUUUGGAAAAUUAAAGCUCCUCCAAAAGUCAUCCAUUUUCUUUGGUGGGCUUUCAAUGAUGCUUUGGCUACAUCUGACGCUUUAUACAGAAGGAAAUGUGCCUGUAGCCCCAUGUGUGGAAUCUGCAAAUCACAGAUGGAAACAAUAGAGCAUGCGUUAUUCCUGUGCCCUUGGGCUAGGAUGUGUUGGUUUGGAUCCCCCUUGGCGCUGAUGUUUGAUGAAAGAGUCAUGAAGCCAAGCCAAGGUUCUGUAAAAAUUAAUGUGGAUGGUGCCUUUGAUGCAAAGGGUGGCUCUGCUGGUAUAGGUGUUAUUGGUAGAGAUAGAGAAGGAAAUUUUUUAAGGGGGGUAGGCUUAAAGGUUAAUGCCCGGUCUGCUUUUAUGGCUGAGUGUUGGGCCAUGCUGGAAGCGUUUAAGACUAAAGAUUUAUUUGGUGGAGACAUGUGCCUGGAGCUGGGAAGGGUUGACUGCAACUGGGUUUUGUCUUUGGUUUCACGUAAAGGCAAUAAUGCUGCUGAUAGAAUUGCAGCUUGGGCAAUGAGGGGUGUGGUACCGCAAGGGUGGAUUGACAUUCCACCACCCUCUCUAAGGUCAAUUCUGUUGCAGGACCUGGAAAGUGCUGGCAUUUCCUCGGCUGAUAGGGAAGGUACUUGA